AUGUCUCCACGCGGCAAACCUUUCUUGGGCCUUGAGGGCAGUGCUCUCUCAUGGGCAAUCAGCCUGUGCUCUGCCAGCGCGUUUCUUCUGUUUGGCUACGAUCAAGGAAUCAUGGGGAGUAUCAUCUCUACUCCCUUCUUCCUCAACGCCGUCAACAUCGCAGCCACUGAUGCCGAUACCCUUUCCACCGUUGUUUCCAUCUACGACAUCGGUUGCAUGGUCGGGUGUCUUGUUGCUGCGAUUUGGGGUUCAUCUCUUGGUCGGAAGCUGGAAACAUUGGGACUAACACUUGUUCCAGGCGCUGUACUGCAGGCCUCAUCAUACAGUGUGGCUCAAUUGAUUGUCGGGAGGAUUAUCUCGGGCAUCGGCAACGGGAUGAACACUGGGACGGUGCCAACGUGGGUCUCUGAGACGUCCAAGGCCAAACAUCGAGGGCAGUUGGUUGCAACCCAGCUGUCAAUUGCAGCAUUUGGGAUUGUAAUCGCGUACUGGAUGAAUUACGGCUUCUUCCAUCUCACUGGGCAGGUUGUGUGGCGCUUUCCAGUUGCCUUUCAGGCCGUGUUCGCCAUCGUCACCAUUUUCAGCCUUUUCUGGCUCCCGGAAAGCCCUCGAUGGCUGUAUUCCAAGAGUCGAACUGAAGAGGCGGACAUAGUCAUGUCGGCGCUGAAGGCUCUUCCAAUCGAACACGAAGUGGUCCAGGCCGAACGCAGCGAAAUUCUCGCCGCCAUUGCUUUAGAGGACCACUUUGGCGAGUACAGUCUCAGAACCAUCUUCUAUGAUCGAUCUGGUCAGAAGAUUCCUUUCCGGAUGGCUCUCGUGUUUAUCAUUCAGAUGAUCCAACAACUGCCCGGAGUCAAUAUCGUCAUCUAUUAUUCCAGCACUGUCUUCUUGCAAUUGGGAAUCUCUGCGAAUCUUUCUCUGAUCUUAGGCGGCAUUGCGUCCAUCUGUUUCUGGGUGGGUUCGGUGUUUGGCAUUGCACUCAUCGAGCGAGUGGGCAGGAAGAAGCUGCUUAUUUCUGGGACGAUCCCCAUGCUGAUUGGGUAUUGCAUCUACACGCCCAUGGUCAAAAAUGGAGGGACUGCGCAGCUCUGGGUAGCUUUCGGAGCAACGUGCCUGAUCUGUGUGGCAUUCGGUUGGAGCUGGCUGCCGGCUCCUUGGUGCCUUGGGCCUGAGCUUGUACCUGUGAGGUACAGGCACAUCGGCAAUGCGUUGAAUGCAUUUGCAAACUGGACCUUUACUUUCAUCAUAGUCAAGGUGGGCCCGAUUGGCAUUGCCAACAUCCACUGGCGAUUGUAUAUUGUGUUCAUAAUCUUUACCUUCCUGCAACUGCCCAUUGUAUGGUUCCUUUAUCCUGAAACUCGUGGUUUGACACUUGAGGAGAUUGACACUCUCUUUGUCAAAGACCAGGUCGUGACGGAUACUCUGGCGGAAAAGGCAGAGCAAGUGCGUCAUUUGGAGAGCAAACAUGCUGGUGUCAUUUCAUCUGUAGAUGGUGUGUAG